UUCCUACCUCACUACUUCCAAUCCCACGCGAUCUCGCACGCUCUUCGUUGUUAGACCGGUGGAGAGAGAGAGAGAGAGAGAGAGGAAGUGAUAGACGUUGGUGAGGGCGGUGAUCGGAGGCUGCUGUCGGUGGCGGAGGCGGAGGAUUUGAUAGCGGGUGAGAAUGGCGGACAGAUACAAUCUGAAGAACCCCGCAGUGAAGCGGAUCCUUCAGGAGGUCAAGGAGAUGCAGUCUAAUCCUUCUGAUGAUUUCAUGAGCCUCCCUCUCGAGGAGAAUAUAUUUGAAUGGCAAUUCGCUAUAAGGGGACCCUGCGAUUCGGAAUUCGAGGGCGGGAUAUAUCAUGGCCGUAUUCAGCUGCCCGCCGAGUACCCAUUCAAGCCCCCUUCAUUUAUGCUGUUGACACCGAAUGGUCGCUUUGAAACUCAAACCAAGAUAUGUUUGAGUAUAUCCAAUCAUCAUCCUGAACAUUGGCAGCCUUCCUGGAGUGUGCGGACUGCUCUAGUAGCCCUUAUUGCAUUUAUGCCAACUGAGCCAAAUGGAGCAUUGGGCUCUUUGGACUACAAGAAGGAAGAAAGGCAUGCCCUAGCCAUUAAAUCCCGUGAAGCAGCUCCAAGAUUUGGAACACCUGAACGUCAAAAGCUAAUUGAUGAGAUUCAUGAGUACAUGCUGAGCAAAGCGCCCCCUGUUCCGGAAGUGAGUGACGAUGUGACUUCAAAAGAAAACGACUCAAAUUUAGCGACUGAAGGGCAGACAACUAUGCUGGCAGAUGAGCCUGUGCAUCAAGCUCCUGCUGAUGAGCAGCUUCAGAUAAUUCCUGCCCCUGCUGACCGCAACAACUUCGAGGAAGAGCAGCCUUCUCGUGAGCUUCCAGCAAGAGACUUGCGAAGCCAAUCGCUGCCCCAGCCGGUUCAGCAACAACAGGCGACGGUUCAAAAGCCAGCAGACGAUAGGUUGUUCACUUUGGCUGCUGUGGGCCUGGCUUUAGCAAUCAUGGUUCUGUUGCUGAAGAAGUUCAUCAAGUCGAACGGUCACGGUGCCGUUUUCAUGGAUGGAUCUUAGUCUUAGGCAAAGGACGUGACAUGACAGUUCAUCUCGAGAUAAAAUUGUGUAGAUUCCCAUUUCUAUAUAUAUGCUGUAGCUACGGAGGAACAAACCCUGAAGUAUAUUAUAUAAUCUGAGAUUGGAACAGACGAACAGUGUAAUAUAUUGUGAUGAUUCUCUUAUAGGAAUCGACAGUUUCUUCCAUC